UGACAUUGACAACUCAAUUUUUUUGCCAGCCGGUGUCUGGUGUGUUGGUUAAUUUUUAUUGCUAAGCAUCUAGAAAAAGAUAUUGUUAAGUAAACUAAGUUUAUAAUUUAAAUAUGGAGAACGAUAUAUUUGACUCACUGGGUGACUUAGGAUAUGAUGGUCCUCUAUCAGAUCCAGAUGCAUUCUCAAAAGCCGUAGAUGAAGGCCUCAAGUCCUUGGACUUUAUCAAACUUGUAUGUGAAUUGGCCGAAGAAUUAAAAACAUUAUGCAAAGUGGAGGAAUCUGUUAAUAAGAUAAACAGUUUGGAUGAAACAAGCUCUUUUAUGUUGGAAUUGAGUUCUUUUCUUAAAGAGUUAGGUUGUCCUUAUAGAGGAUUGAUUUCAGGUAGCCGCUUCGCCAUAUCGGCGAAUUCAAGUAGCUUUAAUGUUUUUCAGCAAGAAUCUCCCACCGCUAAAGCUUUGAAAGAAAUUUUGAUAGCUUUAAAAUUUAAUAAACCACCUCCCAAUAUUACUCCGGAGGUAUUAUUCUCUAAACUGGAAGCGAAACUAAAAGAUACUAUACAAAAAGAAGGUCAGGAACUAGUAGGAAAACCAUUAUAUAAUAAAGCAUUAACUGAGAAAGAUUGGAAGGCAUUGGAUAAUAUAUUCACAGAAAUGUAUGAUGAAUAUAGACUGAGACGGGAAACUUUAAUAUCUAGAUUGGAAUGUACUAUACAGAGUUUUGAGUGGUCAGAUCGACUCAAAGGUAAGAAGGAUCAAAUGCAAGCGAUAUACAGACCGAAACGUGAACAGAUGAAAGUAAAACCGGAAGUGAAGUUGUGUGACUUCCUCGCUGCGAGGACAUCACUAUUACAUGUAGAUAAAACUUCCAGCGCUAAUGUAAGGAAGAAUACACAAUCUGAAGUCAACAAAGUUAUCAUUGGUCAGGUACCAGACCGAGGAGGUCGUCCCAAUGAGCAGCAACCUCCUCCACCGGAGAUGCCUUCUUGGCAACAGAGGUCUGCGCCGCAGGGUGGUGGUCGCGGUGGUCCUAGGGGAGGUAGGGAAGGCAGCGGCGGGGGUCGCGGCAGGGGAGGGGGCGGCAGGGUGCAGGGCGGGUACAACCAGGGACAAGAUCAGAACAGAUCUCAAAACCAAAAUUUCAACCAGAACCAGAAUCAACGUAAUUAUCAAACGUUCGAAGUGCCGCCGGGCGGUUAUGGUCAGAAUUACAACCAAAACCAAGGUUACAACCAAAACCAAAGUUACAACCAAGGUUUCAACAAUCAAGGAGGUUAUGGUAACAACCAAGGUUACGACAGCGCUGGUACUUUCAACCAAGGUUAUUCUACACCAGGUUACAGAAGUUACCAACCUCAAGGUAACCAAGGGCAGGGUUUUAAUCAAGGUCGUUAUGACGAGGAGCGCAGGGGCCGCGGGGGGUACAGGGGACGACGUAAUUAGUUCUCUUUAAUAUAGAAAACGUAUAUGUUUCCUAUAUUUAAGAUAUUUUAUUAUAUUAUAUCUAUUUACUACCGAAAAAACUUGUACAUUACUCUAUUUCGGAUGAAACUUCCAAAAACAUUACUAUUAUGUAUUGAAAUGCAGAGUUUAAACUUUUAAUGUUAGCAAGUAAAUUGACAUUUCGAGUGUUGCCGGCUUUUUGAAGUUUUUUCUUUUUUUCUUAGUAUGUAAAUAAAAUCAAUAUUGUUUUCGUGUACUUAUUAAGCUAUGUAAAAUUGUAAAAGUUCUAAAACGUGAAAUUAGACAUAAUCAAUAUAAUGAUUUCAAAAUAUAUUUUACUAGCUAUCUUCCGUGACUCCGUUCACGUGGAAUUAAAAUUAAAAACAAAAGUGAGCAG